AGCCUGUCUCAGGCUCGACCCAGUUUGAAAGUGAACCAACGGCUCCAGUCGCAGCUUCAACCCCAAACAACAACAAGAACCCGAGACCCGGAGAACCAGACUCGGUCCAGUCCGUUUCACCUGCAGCCGGCCCUCCUGACGAGCCGCCACGAUGAUGCGUAAAGACAUCAACAAGCCGAAGGGGAAGACGUCGGCGUACGCCUUCUUCGUGCAGACGUGUCGAGAGGAGCACCGCAAGAAGAACCCCGAGCAGUCGGUCAACUUCGCCGAGUUCUCCAAGAAGUGCUCCGAGAGGUGGAAGGCUCUGUCUCCCAGUGAUAAGAAGUGUUUCGAGGACAUGGCCAAAGCUGACAAGGUGCGCUACAACCGUGAGAUGAAAGACUACGUCCCCCCCAAAGGCUUCGGAAAGAGGGGCCGCAAGAGGAAAGACCCCAACGCCCCCAAAAGACCCCCGUCUGCGUUCUUCGUGUUCUGCAGCGAGUACCGUCCCAGUGUGAAGCAGCAGUAUCCUGGGCUGUCUAUAGGAGACUGUGCCAAGAAGCUGGGAGAGAUGUGGAGCAAGCUGUCGCAGUCUGAGAAGCUGCCGUACGAGGAGAAGGCCCAGAAGCUACGAGAGAAAUACGACCGGGACAUGGUGGCGUACCGCGGCGGCGGCACGUAUGCCAGGAACCCCAGCUCUUCAGCUCAGGGAGGAGAGGAGGAGGACGAGGAUGAGGGCGAGGAUGAAGAGGAGGAGGAGGACGAUGACGAGUAGAGAUGAAGAGCUGCAGCUGGGAGAGAGAGUGUUAGAGAGAGAGUGAAACAGGUGUGUGUGUUUCAGAGUGCAGGUCAGGGGGCGGAGCCUCACAGCAGGUGUGUCUACGUUUCAGAGACUUCCUGUUCCUCUGUUAGGGUGUGUUUCUAAACACCGUCCCCCUCUGAUAGAAACAAGGUUCCACCUGACAGGAAGCACACUAACACUUCCUGCUGCAGCUGAUGGCAGGGACAGAAGAAGAAGAGGUCAGAGGUUAACAGCUGCUUGUGUAUAGAUCACAUGACUCCAUCAGGUGAGUCUGACAGCAUCACCUGGGUACAGACGUUUAUUUAAACAGCCUCAGCCUGGCUCACAGGUCACAUGACCACAGGAGUCAUGUGACUGAGUGUCGGUGCUGGUGACACAGAGGGAGGCGGAGUGCUCUGAAACACACACACCCGACCACAGAGAGUGUGUGUGUGUCACUGUGUGUGUGAGAACAGGGUGUGUGUGUCUUUACAGUAACGUGUGUGUGUGAGGUCAUCAGAUGUUAAACUGUCCCACAGCAGAGGACAGUACAGUAACCCCCCUCCUCUCACUGUUACCAUGGUUACCCCUGCACCCUCCACCCCUCCUGUGUGUUACCAUGGAAACCCCCCGCCCCCUUCAGCAUCAUGUUGUUUUUAUGUUGUGGACGUUUUUGUUCUUCGUUCACUGUCAGAGUAGAAACUUCAACUUUUAUAAUAAAACAACCACCUGAGGGAAAAGCCCA